UGAUUCAGCUGAUCGAGGACAAGGAAUUAAGAUCCAACCAACCUAUAACAGCUAUGUGGAUGCAACAAAGCGUAUAUAUCGUACUCAAGGGAUUCGAGGACUGUAUCAGGGGGUCUCAGCAAACAUGACUGCUCGUGCCUUGGCCUGGGCUUUAUAUCUGCAAUGGUCUGUAUCAAUUCAUGCAUCUGAAGGCAUUCUGAUCUCAGCUUUAAGGUUCCAUAAGAUGCGAGAGGUGCUUCCGUUUCAUUCUCCCAACGAGAACCUUGACAAUUUCUUCUGCGCUGUUCUUACAGGCAGCUGCGUCAUGUGCAUUACCAAUCCUAUAUGGGUUGUGAAGACAAGGUAUACUUCAAUGAUCAUCAAUGUUUACUUAUUCCUAAGGCUCUGCUUGCAGUACGAGACUGCCGCCACGCGAAAAUACUCGGGCAUGAUAGAUUGUCUAGUCAAGCUCUACAAGGGAGAGGGAGUCAGAGGACUUUAUAGGGGUCUCAUCCCUGGCCUGGUUGGUACCACUCAGCAGUCCCUGUAUCUGACAAUUUAUACUCGUUUGAAAGGUUGGCGUUGCCAAAGACGAGGUUUACCUGUAGAUUCGCAGCUGGGCUCGGGAGAUUAUCUGAUUUUUUCGGCUCUAUCGAAAUGUAUCGCAACGACACUGACCUUCCCAUAUCAGCUGGUUCGAACUCGAAUGCAGGUAAAACACAGUUUCUAAAC